ACAUGUAUUUGACUGUAAGGUAUUCAAAAAUCAAUAUCUAUUCAUAAGAAUAGUAAUACACACAACGGAAUCAGAAGACAAAGAUUUUUAUUGUCAUCUCAUCUCGUAUACACAUUCGAAAAUGGAGGAACCACCAUCAUAUGACUCCCUAUUUGGUAAAAUUGCUGCGGCAAAGGUUACUUCCGAUGGAAAUGUUGAUUUCGCGCGAAAAUCAAUAGGAAUUUUGUGCGGAUCAGUGAUUGCCACAAUAUUACUAGUUUUGUCCUUAGCAGUGCCAAUAGCAGCCAUUGUAAUAGGAGGACUGUACCUACAUGACUGCCCAAAACAGAAGUAUAUUCCUAUAUACCUGAUCGUAUUUGGAAGUUUUUCCAUUGUCAAAGCUUUGUCGAGUUUGGUAGACAAUUGCAGAGCCAGGAAAAAUGAAGGACAGCAGGAUGAAAACAAGCCUAAAAGUGCAUGUGACGGAAUCAUUGGUUGUUUUCUAUUUGCAUGGUUUAUAGCAGGAAAUGUCUGGGUUUAUAAGACGUAUAAAAACUUCUCUACAGAUGAAUCGAGCGAAGAAUACUGUCAACCAACAUUAUUUUAUUUCUCCUUUUGGUUAAUUACUGGUACAUACAUAAUUAUGGGACUAUUUUUUCUCAUCUGUUGUGGAUGUUGUAUUUCAAUGUUAUGCUGUAGUGCUAAAAUGUCAGCAUACGGACCAGCUAAAUAUGGUGUAUAAGGAACGUUAUGUGAGAAUAUUUGGGCAUUACUAUAUUUUAGUGACACUGCAUUUAUGGCAUCAGAAUUACAGGAUAGACAUUUUUCACAAAGAAGUAGAGGUUACAAUCAGUAUAUCUGCACCAUUAAGAGAGGAUGGAAUCCUAUCUAACAGUAGAAAUAUAUAAAUAAGUAGAAAAAUUCGAUAUAGAAAACUAUAUAUUAGUGAAUUCAAAAUCUUUCAAUUUUACUUGUCUGUCUUUCUCAAAUGCUCAUCACGGAGAUAACACGGUGUACGUCGUCUCUUACAGGUUACGCCUGCUUCAUGCAUGUGAGAGUUUUUAAUAUAUCAAUGAAAAAAGGGGUUUCGUUGUAGUAUUUUAUAUUUUUAGAAAUAAACGUUUUAACAACA